CCAACACAAGCAAGCACCAAUAAAAAUUCAAACACUUGAGAACCAAAACUUGCUCAUCAUCUCUUUCAAAAAGGAAAAAAGCUUGGUCAUCAUCUCAAUGGCAGAGCUAGAGAACCCAAGAGUGAUGACAAAGAUCAUAACUUUUCUCUCUUCUCUGGUUCAAAGAGUGACGGAAUCGAAUGACCUCAACAGCCAUUUCCAACCCCAGAAAAUCUCAGUCUUCCAUGGUCUAACUAGACCCACCAUUUCAAUACAGAACUACCUAGAGAGGAUUUUCAAGUAUGCCAAUUGCAGCCCAUCUUGCUUAAUUGUUGCGUACGUUUAUCUGGAUCGGUUUUCGCAGAGGCAACCCUCGUUGCCUAUCAACUCAUUCAACGUUCAUCGGUUGCUGAUUACGAGUGUUAUGGUGGCUGCAAAGUUCAUGGAUGACAUGUACUACAACAAUGCAUAUUAUGCAAAAGUUGGAGGAAUAAGCACAAUAGAGAUGAAUUUUCUUGAAGUGGAUUUCCUGUUUGGUUUGAGCUUCAACUUAAAUGUGACUCCCUCAACCUUCACCAUCUACUGUUCAUAUCUCCAGAGAGAGAUGCUUCUGUUGCAACCACCUCUAGAUUCUGCGGAUUCUUCUCUUACUUUAGGCAAAUCACCAAAGCUCCACUUGUGCUUUGAUGAGGAUGAAACCUCCCAUCAGCAACAACAACAGCAGCAGCUAGCUGUUUGACAUUAAACCCUUAAAAGGGUGUCCAAAAAGUAGUUGUUGAGUUAGUGAUUUUUGUAAUUUUCUUAUAUUGUUGGCCUGGCAAAAUGAACAUUAGAUUUUUGUGUACUUCUUUUCUCUUCUCUUUCCUUUAUGAUUUUUUAGACCAUACUUGGCUGUAAGACAAUGCCUUUUACUUUUUACAUGAUGACGUAACAAUAUGUACUUAAGGGUGCUA